CAUCUGAAAGUUACUGUUUCGAUAUACGACCUUUACCCUUAACAAUGUACGCAACACAUGAGAUGCCUUAUAUAUUAUAGGUAAACGUUUGAAAGGUCAUAGCAACUGGAUGGGAAUGUUGUAAUAAUGCUAAUAGUUAUGGUUUAAUGGAAUAAAUGUUUGAGACCUGACAUUAUGGAAAAGCAGCACAGCAAUUCGACUCAAAGCAAUCGUUUUGACCGGGAAUUUUUCAAGAGGUUUUUCCGUCUUCUUCCCUGGUUGUUCCCAUCUUGGAUCAGUAAACCUGUCCUAUUGUUUAUUUUACUGCUAUGUCUUGGUUUGUUAGAACAGUAUGUUAUUUACAAUAUUGGUAUGGUGCCAAGCAAGUACUAUAAAGUGCUUGGUGACAAGGAUCAAAAUGGUUUCUGGAAACAAACUGCAAUUGCUGUUUCUUUGAUCGUAGCCGAGGCAUUCAUUAAAGCAACAACAACAUUUGUAUCAUCGUUCCUGUACCUGGUAUGGCGUGAUAAUGUCACGAGAAAUCUGCAUACCAAAUACUUCAAAGAGGUCGUGUACUACUCUGUUAAUGUGUUGGACAAGACAACUGAUAAUCCAGAUCAGAGGAUUACCCAGGAUGUUGACAAGUUGUGUAAUACAUUAAGCCAGAUUUGUGCACCUUUAGUUAUCUCCCCUUUUACAAUAGGAUACUAUAUCUACAAAGCUCAAGAAGGAUCAGGAAUUAUAGGACCAGUGGGUGUGCUGAUAUUCUUUAUCAUAGCAACUGUUGUCAACAAACUUUUGAUGUCACCUGUUGUCAAAUAUGUCUUUAUAAGAGAAAAGAUGGAAGGAAAUUUUAGGUUUAAACACAUGCAGAUACGGUCAAACAGCGAGUCUGCGGCAUUUUAUAGGUCAGGUAGCGUGGAGAAGGAUAAAUGUAACAAGCACCUGUUUAACUUAAUUAAUACUCAACAUAAACUUAUAAGAAAGGAGUAUGCUUUACAUUUUGCAGUAAAUUUAUUUGACUAUCUAGGAAGUAUAUUCAGCUAUAUUGCUAUAUCAUUUCCUAUAUUCCUGGGAGCAUAUGACAGCCUCUCUUCACCAGAUCUCUCUGCACUUAUAUCUGCUAAUGCAUUUGUAAUUAUAUAUUUGAUCAACUGUUUCACCAAGUUGAUAGACCUUUCUGUAACAGUCACACAAAUAGCUGGAACAACUCACAGAGUUGUAGAGUUACUACAGGUUUUAGAAAAGUUAAAGAAUUGCCAAGAUACAAAACUUGCCAGUAGACCAAAGGAGAUUAGAGGGUUUGGCUGGAGUGAGAUGGAGACAUUAAUGGGAAAGGAUGAGCAGGAUAAAGAAGAAAAUGAAGCACCACAGUCUCCAGUUGCUGCAUUUGAAAUAUCAGACCUGACAUACACUGCACCAAAGUCAAGUCAGAAACUAUGCACAGGUUUAAAUCUAAAGUUUGAGCAGGGGUUGAAUAUCCUAGUUACAGGAGACAGUGGAUGUGGGAAAAGCUCACUUCUCCGUGUCAUCAAUGGUAUUUGGCCAGAGGUCAGAGGUACUAUUGACUACUUGGUAGACUUAAAGCCUAGUGUGAUAUUAUUCUUACCACAGAAACCUUACUUUACUGAUGGCUCUUUGAGACAACAGGUUAUUUAUCCAUUGAAAGAAUUUGAUAGAAGAGGAAGUUUCAUAAAUACAGAAGAUGCAUUAAUCCAUGAGUAUUUAGAAAAGACAGACUUAACACAUGUAUGUGAGAGAACAAGAGGGCUGGAUACACAAGUUGAAUGGAACUGGUAUGAUGAGCUGUCUCCUGGAGAAAUGCAGAGACUUUCAUUUGUUAGGCUGUUUUAUCAUAAACCGAAAUUUGCAGUAUUAGAUGAGUCUACAAGCCAAAUAGGUAUUGAUGCAGAGAAAGCCAUGUACAGUCUGUGUAGGGACCUAGGUAUUACAGUUCUCAGUGUUGGUCACAGGGAUACUCUAAAACAAUAUCAUGAUUUAGAACUUCAUUUUAGUGACAGUGGAGAGUGUAGUAUUAAACCAAUUAUACAUAAAGGACAAAAUGGUGCUUCUAUAGCUUAAUUCUUGACAUGAUGAUUUUAAAAUGUUUUAUAUGAGAUUUUUAGUACUUUUAUGUUAUGUUGGUGCAAUUAGUAUUGAAAUUUUGCUACAAAAUUUGGUUUGACGGCUGACAGAAUCUUGUAGAGGAAACAAGAUUUUUGUUGCAAAUUGAUUGAUUUUUAAAA